CAGCGGCUAGGCGUGCGAAUGACGCAGUUUGGUGUGCGGGGAGGGAGCGGAGCGAGCAGCAGUGUAGGAAAGAGGAGGAAGCAGCGAGGAUGGCGGAGUCACACCUCUGAAGCAAAUCUUCGAGGGAUUAAAAAAAAAAAAAACUUUGAUGACCUUUGCAACCUGAAAGAACUUCUGUCUGAAGGUCCUGAGAUUGUAUGCAGUUGAAACACUUAAGCAUGUGGACCAUGGAUGCCACAAUCCUGCUACUUAAAAGGAUUUUUUCUCCCAUGGCAUUUUAACACAGCAACAAAGUAUAAAAGUAUCCACAAACCUUUGGAUCACUGGGCUUUUAUUUCAAGGAUAAUCAUAAAUGUGUGGGCCUGCACAGGGAUGUUUUCUUUAAUGGCCGCCUUGGCUGUCUGUGUCCCUUUUUCCCCAAAUAAGUAACCUGACAGAAGAGACUCCCAUGAGCAACUCUGCAAGGGGCCCGAUAACGUCGACAUGAGUAGUACUUUAGGCAAAGAAAAAGAUUCAAAAGAAAAGGACCCCAAAGGUGGUCCAGCAGGGAAAGAAAGGGAAAAGGAGACCAAGGCUCUGGCCGGUUUGGUCAAGGAUGGAGGCAAAGAAUCGAAGACCAAAGGGAAAGAUGCCAAAGAAGGAAAGAAGGACACCAGCAGUUCAACACCGGGUGUUGCCUUCUCUGUUGACAAUACGAUAAAGAGGCCAAACCCGGCACCAGGUACACGCAAGAAGUCCAGUAAUGCCGAGGUGAUCAAAGAACUUAACAAGUGCAGGGAGGAGAACUCAAUGAGACUGGACCUAUCUAAACGAUCCAUUCAUAUGCUGCCCACCUCCAUCAAGGAGUUGACGCAGCUCGCUGAACUCUACUUAUACAGCAACAAGCUGCAGAGCCUGCCGGCUGAGGUGGGUUGCCUAUCAGGCCUGGUCACACUUGCCUUGAGUGAGAACUCCCUGACCAGUUUACCCGACUCCCUGGACUCCCUUAAGAAGCUUCGAAUGCUCGACCUGCGGCACAACAAGCUGAGAGAGAUACCGGCUGUCGUCUACCGGCUGAUGUCUCUGACCACGCUGUACCUGCGCUUCAACCGCAUCACAACAGUAGAGAAGGACAUCAGAAACCUGUCCAAGCUCACUACGCUCAGCAUCCGAGAGAACAAGAUUAAACAGCUGCCUGCAGAGAUCGGGGAGCUUUGCCGACUUAUUACUCUUGAUGUUGCCCAUAACCAGUUGGAACACUUACCGAAAGAGAUUGGGAAUUGCACACAGAUAACCAACCUCGACCUGCAGCACAAUGAGCUCUUGGACCUCCCAGAGACUAUAGGGAAUCUGGCCAGCAUAAAUCGCUUAGGCCUGAGAUACAAUAGAUUAUCAGCCAUCCCCAGAUCAUUAGCCAAAUGUCGAGAACUGGAGGAGCUCAACCUUGAAAACAACAACAUUUCAGUGUUACCAGAGGGCCUGCUUUCAAGUUUGGUCAAGCUGACGAGUCUAACACUGGCAAGGAACUGUUUCCAGUCUUACCCUGUGGGUGGACCAUCCCAGUUCUCCACCAUCUACUCCCUCAACAUGGAGCACAACAGAAUCAAUAAGAUCCCUUUCGGUAUCUUCUCCAGGGCCAAAGUGUUAAGCAAGCUUAACAUGAAGGACAACCAGUUAACAUCUCUGCCACUGGACUUUGGCACAUGGACGAGCAUGGUUGAGCUCAACCUGGCCACGAAUCAGCUGACAAAGAUCCCUGAGGACGUCUGUGGUCUCGUCUCUUUAGAGGUGUUAAUAUUGUCCAAUAAUCUUCUCAAGAAGUUACCACAUAGUAUUGGGAAUUUGAGGAAGCUACGAGAGCUCGACUUGGAGGAAAACAAGUUGGAAUCUCUGCCUAAUGAAAUCGCUUAUCUUAAAGAUUUACAGAAAUUGGUGUUGACGAAUAAUCAGCUGACUACGUUACCCAGAGGCAUCGGCCACCUCACCAACCUGACUCACCUGGGUUUGGGAGAGAACUUGCUGCAACACCUUCCCGAGGAGAUUGGUACACUGGAGAACCUGGAGGAACUGUACCUCAACGACAACCCCAACCUGCAUAGCCUUCCGUUCGAGCUGGCCCUCUGCAGCAAGCUGUCCAUCAUGAGCAUCGAGAACUGUCCCCUCAGCCACCUGCCUCCGCAGAUCGUGGCGGGAGGCCCCUCCUUCAUCAUCCAGUUCCUCAAGAUGCAGGGACCAUACCGUGCCAUGGUCUAAGCCAAGAGCAGCUCAAUCCCAGUCCCACCUAACCCCAAAACCCUUCAGUUGCUCUGCACCCUCUCGCCUGGCGCCCACCCCCCCAUUACGUGUAUCAUACACUGUAAAGAAAACAGACUCGCCACAAUCAGCGUCGAGAGGGAAAGGAGGCAGAAGAAGAGGAAAACAUUUCUUUCUCCAUCCUCGAGCAGAAACAAGGUGAAUCUUUGGAGACUUGACUCAUGUGUUGCUCCAGAGUGUAUCACAGUCAUUUUAGGACCCCAGCCGCCCCCCUGCUCAUCUUUCAUUCCGAAUCAUACAAAAGGAAAAAUAUUUCCAUCUCUUUGCCAAAACUGAAGAUCUAUAAAAUUAUAUAUAUUGAGUAACUGUGAGCUAAGUGGCAAGUCUUUUAACCAUAUAAACCAUGCUCCCAUUGCCAAUGUAUUUACAGUAAUUACAAGCAUCUAUUAUGUGAGCAAGGAUACAAUUGUAUGCAAAAACAAACAAAAAAAGUCUUUCGAACUUCACAUUUACUGCUGCUGCCGUAAUUUUAACUGUCAUCUUUCUUUUGAUAUUCCUUUUGUAUCAUCUUCCUCGAGAUAACUUAUGUUAAUUGCUUCUUGACCAUAGAAAACAAAGGUCUAAUGAUGGUGUGUUAAUUUUUUAUUUUCAUUUUUUUUUUUUUAUCUUUUAUGUUUUUUUAAAAAAAAAACUGUGCCUAUGUUUAGAGUGAUCCAGUGGUUCAUGUCUAAACACAAUUGUCCAUGAGAAUACAAAGAUAUAAGUUAUUUCAAUAUUUUUUUUAUUACUGCUGUUUUUACUUUUAUUUUUUGAUGUUUCUUUUUGCUGUUGCAUUAAUCUGUUAAAACAGGCGAUAUCAGAUGUAAAAUAGGGUGAUUGGAGAUCUUUUUAACAAAUAGCAGCAGUAGUUGUUCAGCAUUAAGCUAGUAAUGUAUACAUAUGAGAAAUGCCAAUCAUACAUGCUUGGGGAGGAGAGAAAAAUAAGUAAGUUGGACUUGAACGCAUGACGCUGUGACCCCUCCGUCUUUGGGCGACAACAAGGUAUAGGGGAAAAAAGUCAAACAUGCGUAGGUGAUGGGAUAAGUGCUCGGAGACGAAAAUGUAUACAAAUCCUGGUUGUUGCCUUGAGUGCAAUUUUUAGUUUGUUUACUUGUUUUACAUUAUCUUCAGUGUUGGGCUGCAGAGCUGUAAUCCAGUUGACCAACAUAUCAAGCGUUUUUUUUCUUUCUUUAAAAAAACACAGUAUCUGGGUCUUUGGAGCGCACGGUGAGUGUGUCAGAGCUUCAAUCAAGGUUUCAUAAUAAAACAUUGACAGGUAAAUUCUUCUUGACAAUUCGUUUUUGUUAGUACCUUACAUUUUUUAAACAGUGUCUCCCUAAGAAUCAUAAUGACAUAGAAAAUAUUCCCUUUCUUAAUAGUUUUUUUUUUUUAUAUCUCAUAUUUGUCCCACACUGUCCUGGCAAUGCUGCUGCUCUCAUGCACUUUUUUUUUUUUUUAGAAAGACAUUGGCACCCUCUAUAUUUUGGCAAAAUCACAGUAGCCUCUCAUUGGUUAUUUUGAAUGGGGGCAUUUUUUUGUUUCAUAAAUAAGUAUUUUAUCUGUUUAUCAUGUAAAUUUGUAUCAAUUAAAAUAUUAAUGUUGAGUUUCUCGGGACAGAAUAUAAUAAUUCUCUUUGGGGGAAGUUUUAUCUUGUCAAACUGUAAAAGGGUCUUUGUGGAUAUGAUAUGAUAUAUAUAUAUAUUCCAAAUUCCCAUAUCCUGCUUUCUCUAUUGCAAGUGAAACGCCUUAUCGCAGUUCAGAUAAUUUGAAAUCAAUUUACGUUUAAUUGUUUUCUUUUUUUCUUAAAUGAUGAAAUGUGUAUUAAUUUAGUAUUAUUUCAAGUAACUGUACAUUAAAAGUCCCAACAAAA